AUGGACGUCCUCUGUUCCAGCUCGUUUAGCCUGGGCAUGGAACAACGCGUUGUCUCCUCAGAAGAGGCCUUUGACGAGCUUUCUGGGGAGGCGCGAUACUUGUGCGCUGAACACAAGCUGGACAGGCACAAGCAGGAAGGAAUCCUUGCAAGCUCCUUCGAAAGUUGGGAGCCCUUCAGUCACAUCCUCGGGCUCAUCUUCAAGCAAGCGCGCUCUGACUUGGACGCAGCAAGUCUGGCAUCUGCAAAGCGGGUGGCCCCGCUUCAAGUUUUUGCCAAGCCCACUUUGGUCGACUUGGCUUGCGCCAACAAGGAGGACCGCCGCAGCGGACAGCAUAUAGCUGAAACUCUUCGAGACCACUUCGCCUUUUUGAGUGCAGAUUCUGCGACGGUCCUCCUGAUGUUCCUGCUCCAGAGCCUGGGCUCCGACGCUGGAGUAGCUGCUGCUGCCCUUAGCGCUGGGGUUCGUGAGGAGAACCUCUACGAGAUGCAAAGGCUGCUGGCGCUUGAUCCAUCAGGUUGGAAGAGGCUACGGGGACCAGCCAGUGCAUUGCGCAAGCUGACGGAGCUUAUGACGGAUGACGUCGUACCGAGCUGCAUGGUGCGCACUGUGCAUGGGGAGUUUGUUCCCUGGAGAUCUUAUCAAUGGGCGUGUCGGAGCGUCGUGCGGGCCACAGCGCGCGCUGGCUUUUUGAUCUUGCAACCGGAUCACUGCGCCAUUGAUAAGGGCAGUUGGACCCUCUCCAGUGAAUUAUCUCUUGAGUGUUGCAGUGUUGCCGAUGGAGAGGACCGAUGCUGCAAAGCCCACACCGAAGGCAAAGUGCCAAAAGCCAAGAAGACGGCUGAUGAGCCGUCUCAUGGCUAUAGUUCAUAUGUGUCUGGAGUGGUGCUCAGGUACGAAGUUGCGCUCAGCGGGAUACAGCGCAUGGCCUUGCACCUGCGCGCCUCUCCAGCUUGCUGCCUAUGCCUUGUGUCCAAACAUCUGUCUUCGUUGCUGACCGCUCGACACUUGCAUCACUCACCUGAACGUCGCCACGAAAAUGGUGAGGUCGCAGAGGAGAGAUACAAAAAGAACGAAGAUGCCAUGGAGGCUGGUUUGGCAGCCAGGCUGGGAGACUUGACGGUCGCAAAGACACGAAGCACGUGGACACUGGACGCCUUUCAUUUGCUGCCAAAUGCAUGGCGACCAACGUGGAAGGAUGUAGCGACUGAAGCUGCAGUCAGCAAGUCGAGCUUCCCCCUAGCGGCUGCCUCGGUGAUUGCGGGGCGGACCGUCGCCAACGUCUUGCAACCCCGAAGCGUGUGGCCGGAGGAAUGCGAGUUGCAGAAACUAUCCCAAGCCCUAGAAACCGGACCCUUGCUGGACUUGAAGGCGUGGGUUCGUCUAGCGAAUGCAUCGUCGAGUCGGGGCCGAAACACCACCGAAGUGUCCCAGUUGCCCACGAUUCUCUCGAUGCCGGAGAAGGUGCUGGCGGUGAUUUUCCUGUUAUAUGAUGUCAGUGCCAUCUCACAGAUCGAUCUGAGCAGUAUGGGUUUGGAAGAAGUCCCAGCUUCCUUACGGGCCUUUCAAGGAAUACGCAGCAUUGACCUGAGCCUUAACAGGAACUUGGUCAGCUUGGGGGCGCUGGCGGGCUUAUCGUCUCUGGAAGCCCUGCGACUCUGCGGAUGUCAGAAGUUGAGCAACAUCAAAGCCCUGAGUUUGUCGUUGCAACUGGUUGCCGUGGACUUCUCCGGCUGCGAGCUCUUGCAUGACGUGACGCCGCUGCUGGGAGGGGGAUAUGAUCCGCCAGCUGAUCGCAUGGCUUAUUUGAUUUCGACCCGCAGUCCUCAUCCCAGUCGUGUAGGCAGAGUUGACAGCCCCACAAAGCUGCGUCCGGAGAAGGAGGAGGUAGAGGAUGAUGUGCUGCUGAAGGGUCGAAAGCGAGAUGAACUUGGGGAGCAAGACCUUUGGCCUCCACCUGUGAGGCUACUGGGUCAUCCUUCGCUGCGAUGGUUGUGCUUCAGUGGUUGCAAAGCGCUUCGUGGUGGCUUGGAUCAUUUGCCUCGGUGUCCUGAGCUACGCUAUGUGGAUCUCUUUGGGUGCGAAAAUGCUGAUAGUUUCAGCUGCUUCGUUGCGAGUUCAGCCUCGAAGAUGGAGCAUUUCGUUUGGCCAAGCCUCGAGCAACUGAUGAACUUCAUCCACCGAGUUGCAUUGCCUGAUGAACGGAGCUGGGAACUGAUGCAUGCAGCUGUGACCAGCGUGGAAGAAAAGAAACGCAUCGCCGAGAACAACGAGGGGCCAGAAAGGCCAGAAAGGAUCUUGCUUCCAAUGCAGAAGCUGGUUCGGAAUGCGGCCAGGGAGGCGGCCUUGAAGGCAGCGCAGGAGAUGGGGCUGAGGGAGGUGCGUCCUCCCAAGCCGCCACGAUCCAAGUUCCCCGAGGUGAUGCCUGACACAGAUGACGAAGCGGAGGGAUCUGUGGAAGGGUCUGAACAUGAAGAGGUGCAAGAACGCGGCAAUGUUGAGCAGUGCAUCCGGCCUUUUGCCUUCGUUCGAAAGUUGAAGGCCGAAGGAUUUCGCCCUGGCGCUGCGUUGCCAGGCACUCGGCUCUUCACAAUCUUAGACCGAGAUCGAGAUGGUGUCCUCUCCAAGAAGGAUUUUUCUUUGCUCGAUGUGGAUUUCGCAGGACCAGAAAAUGUCAACGAUGCCAUCGGGCGGUUGCUGCAGAGACAUGACAUGGUGCAUGACGUUGUUGCCAGAGAUUUGGCGGGCAACCAGAACAAGUUGGAGAAGAAGCGCCUGGUGGAAUGCAUGGUGAUUGCCGGUGUUGAGGAAGAGUUGGCAGGGAACACUGCAAGGUGCCUGAUCCAUUGCGCCCGGUCCAUGUUCCGAUGCGCCUUGGGCAGACCCGACGCGUGCAAGGUGGCCAUUCAACACAGCCUGGGAGCCAGCGUCGUGGUUUAUACCUUGGAGCUCCUGUCAAGCUUGCAGAAGUUUCUGGAGGAGAAGAUGAAAAAUCUGAAGAAAGCCUUCCGCAGCCUGGACGUCACUGAACGCGGGCGCCUGACCUUCGAGGACUUUGAGUCCGGCCUAAAGCAGUUGGAAUGGCGCGAAGCUUCCACCUCUGGGCUUCUUGAGGUCAUCUUUCGCAUUCUAGAUCGUGACGGCACUGGUGCGAUCUUGGAGAAGGACUUCUCUGUGUUCCAAGACUUUGACAAAGAUAAGAUGUUGGAGUCCAUGGUGCGCGUGGGAAGAUCCUUGGUGAAGUUUCCCAGGGAAUGUCCAAAGCGCUUUGCCGAGGUGAAGCUGGACCUGCGGACCUAUGAUGCGGGACAACGUGCCAGCAUGAGCCGCAACUCCUUCGUAUCAGCCUGGAAGGAAUUUGGCUCCAAAACAGAGGAGGCAGAUGCCAAGAUGGUCUUUGGUCAGACUCUCAGAUGUAUAGCAGAAACAAUUUCUGCUGGUGCUGCAGCGCUUGCUGUAUCGUGUUGUGAUAUCAUGGAUGAUCUUGAGUAUCUUGAGUAUCUUGAGCUAGCUACCACUAAAUCGACAUGGAAAAUGCUGAUUUCUUUGUGGACACCAAACUGCAAAGUUGAGACCAUGGAUGAGUUGUCGCGUCCCUUGAAGGUCAGAUCAUAG